AUGAAUAAUAGAUGGUCAAUUUCUAAUUAGGCUCCUUUGUAGUAAUCUCGUUACAAGUAGGACAUUGAUAAUUCGAAUGUGCCUAACAAUCAACCUGCCCAUCAUGUUAAAAAUGAUGAAUAGGUGAGAUAACUCUGUCCAAAAGAUAGUCCGAUUCCUUCGUAAAUAUAUAUUCAAUAUCAUUUAAAGUGAAAAUAGAUCUCGGAUUAAGAGUUCCUAUGAUGUAGCAAAAUCAGGCAUAUCUCAAAAAUAUGAAAAAAGUAAAAUUCUGUAUUAUCAUCAUUAUUAGCUGAAACAUCGUAUUCUCCCAUUAUAAAGUCAGCUUACCAAAGAGAUAUUUCUCCUCAAUUUUAAAAGUCUGAGAACCAUAAAUUGAUAGAUUCAUAUGAAGUUCGAUUGAUGAAGUUAAGUCAAGAGAAUGGAUCAUUAUAAAGUCAAUUGUUUUCAGAUCAAUAAAAAUACAACUAAAUAAUAAUUGAUUUUGAGCUGCAAACUAAGUGUUUAGAAUAAAAGCUGAAUACAGAAAUAAUGAAUAUAUAAUAGCAUAAAUUGUUAAUCUAGAACAAGAAUGAGGAAAUCAAUGCAUAGACUUAGGAAUUAUUAAGAUUGGAACAAAAGUAUUUUGAAUUAGAAUCUAAAGUAUGAUUAUAAUUAUAUACAUUAGAUGUUUCAACAACAAAAAGACAUGGGAAUAUUAAAAUAGUCAAGUGACUCCAAAUCUAUUGAAAUUGAUAAUUUAAGACAAUAUAUUAAAGAGCUUUAAGGUAAGAAUGCUAGGGAUUAAGAGGAAUUAAAACUUGCAACUGAUAGUUCUAUUCGCAUUAAUUAUGAAAUCCAAAUUAAGGAAAUUUAAGUGCAGCACGGUAACAAUAUUGCUAGAUUGAAUGAUUUACUACAAUAGGAAUAAUAGAAAUAUAAUCGAUUACUAAGUUAAUUCGAAUAAUAAUUGAAUGAAUUAAACUAUCAGAAUAUUAAAUUAAAUGAUUUCAAGACAGAAAACGAUAAAUUAUUUGAAGAAAAUGCUCGAUUAUAAAGACUUUUAGAUGAAAUUAAAGCCUAAUAACAAGAACUGUUGAGAGAGUCAGACUCUCAAAGAGAUAGAUAAAUGCUCCAAGAUAAAAAUCAUUAAACAACGCUUAACGAGUUGAAAUCUCAUUAUGAGUAUAUGCGAAAAUCUUAAGUAGAGAGGGAAGUUAAGGAAGUCACUAUGAAAUUUUAGGCUGAAAGAUUGAAUUACGAGUCCCAGAUAAGGACUUUAAAUUAGAGAUUGAUAGAUAUUGAAGGAAGGAUUAACCAGAAGCAUGAAGAGAAUCGAUAGUUACAGUAGAAAUAAUAAGCCAUAGAAUCUGAAUUGAGAAUUUUCGUUCAAGACCAUGAACAUUAUAAGAGAAUCAAGGAUAAUGAAUUGCAGGAAUAUUAAAAUGAAUUCUCAAAAUUACGAUAAUUAUAAUUAGAAACUUAGUAAAAAAGCUAGAAUUAAUAGAAUGAGAUUUAGAGAUUAAAUUAAAUUAUCAAUGAUUUUAAAACUGAAAUUGAAUUGGUGAAAUCUUAAUCUCAAGAAAUUCAAAAGCAAGUUAAGCUAGAAUAUGAAAAUGAUCUCAAAAACUCAAAAGCUAAACAAUAAUUUGAACUUAGAUAAUUAUAGGAUCAGAUCAAUGAUUUAAAAAAUGAUAUUCAAUAAUAAGAAUACAAUAUCAAAUAAAAGGAUGAAACCAUACAUCAAUAAAAGCUUAAUUUAUCUUAAAAAUAAGGAGAAGUUGAUGGGUUGACAUUAAAAUUAGAAAAUCUUGAAAAACUUAAGGAUUAGGAAAUACAACAAUAUCAAUGUGAAAUAGAUAACCUUUAAAGAGAAUAGAGCUUAUCACAAACUAAACUAGGAAAUGAAAAGAGUCUCUUGGAAUAAUAAAUUAAAUAGUUAAAAUAAAAAUUAAAUGAUUUGGAGACUCAAUAAAUACAAUAAGAGUUUAGCAAUGAAUAAGGAAGGUAGGAAUUAGAAUAGAAGUUAUAAUAAAAAGAAUUUUAAUUGCAAUAACUGUAAAAUGAAAGAAAUAGCAUCAACUCUCAGUUGACUGUGUACAAAUAGAAAAUUGAAUAAUUUGAUUCCAUAAUAUAAGAAUUAAGGGAGUAAAAUUAGUAACUUAGUUAAGAAAUUGAGGAUCAAAAAUAACAAAAUGAAAGUGAUAGGGCUUAAUUUGUUAAGAAAGAACUUGGAUUAGAAAAUAAGAUAUAACAAUUAAAAUAACAAAUGAAUUAAAGAGAAUAUGAAUUGUAAUAGUAUCAAAGUGAGUUGGACACUACAAAUAAUAGAGUUCGAUAAUAAGAGCUAAUUACACAACAAAGUUAGGAUGAAUUUCGAAGAAGGGAGCAUUAAUAUGUUCAGGAAAUUACUAAUUUAAAAUAACUUAUGGAUACCACUCAACAAAGACAAAGUGAAUAUUAAAGUAUGAGAGAGACAUUGUAAGAAUAAGUGUAGAGUUUAUAAGAGAAAGGCUAGAAUAAAGAAAAAGAAGUGGAAGAGCAAGCUCAAAAGUGUGAGGAAUUAAGAGAAUAAUUUAAUCAAUAUGUUGAAGAGACUAAUUUGAAGUUGGAAUAUUAUUAGAGAAUAGAAUAUGAGAGAAAAGAAUCAGAUUUGAAAUAUCAGGCAGAAUUGGUAUUUAAUUAAGUUUUAAUUUUAGGAUGCUGCUUAGGACAAAAUUAGAGUUUUAGAAAUAGAACUAGAAGCUCUUUAAUUAAGAUAGAAUCAGCUUCUUAAAGAGAGAAGAGAACUCGAAGAUUUAUUGGAUGAAAAGUCAAAAGAAAUUGAAUAGCUUAAAAAUUAACUUAAUUAGGAUUAUAUCUCUAAUGAAGAGUAUACUUCAUUAUAAAGAAAGUAUAAUGAGUAAACAGAGGAAUUACAUUUAUUAGAAUAAAAACAAAUUAAAUUUGGUACUGAAAAAAAACAAUUAGAAAGAUAGAUCGACAAAUUGAAUCAAGACAUUGAACUUAAGGAUUAAGAACUUUAAUAGACUGAUAAUUUAAUGAAAAAAAGAAGAAGCGAAUAAGAUGAGUUAAAUAGGAAAAUAGAUUCACUAACUAGAGAUAAUGCAAAAGUAUCUCAUGAUUUACAAGAAGUGCAAGCCUCUUUAAGUUCUAAAAUUGAUUAUAUAAAUGCUUUGAAGAGAGAGAAUGAAGAUUUAUAGAUCUAAUUAGCCUCUGCCAAAAAAUAAUACGAGAAAACAUAAGAAUAAUUGAAUAAAAAGAAUUAAGAAUUACUAGAAAAAUUUAAUGAUGCUGAAAUCAAAAAGUCAUACUCUUCUGGUGAAAACACAGCAACAAAAUUUUUAACUGCAACUACAAUAAUUAAGACAUCUCAAGUGUAACUUAAUACUCCAUUAAUUCCAGAAGAAGAGAGUUAAAAAGUAACUGAAAGAUCCGAUUAACAAUUUAAGGUAUUUUAAUUAUAAUCUAUUUAGACAUCUCAAAGAAGUGAAGAAGUUUGA